GAAAUAUUCAGUUGCACUUUAGAUUCCAUACAGCGUGGAGGUUCGGUAGUUAAACCAUUUUUAGUGGGGGACACGAAAUGAUGCUGAAUUUUGACUUCCCAGUUGUAUAAAGCAAGCAUCGCUCAAAACUUGAUUGGUUUAUCACGUGCACAAAUUAAUUGUGCAAAUUGAUUUGCGAUGUUGUCACUGCCAAAGACGCCAAUAUACUUCAUAUUAGUAUUAACAAUUGUAAGGACACCUGUGAUUAGAGCAAGUGAAAACACUCAUUAUCUGCCACCUUUGGAAUGUUACGAUCCUUACGGAAGACCACAGCGUUGCAUACCGGAGUUCGAAAAUGCAGUUUAUCAGGUGGAAAUUGAAGCAACAAACACGUGUGGUCAGGAUGGAGAUACCAAUUUCUGCGUUCAAACUGGAUAUUCUAAUCGGAAGAGCUGUGAUGACUGUCGGGCCAGUCAGCAUUCUUCACAUUAUUUGACAGACUUACAUGACCCUACAAAUCCGACAUGGUGGCAAUCGGAGACUAUGUUUGAAGGCAUUCAAUACCCAAACCAAGUAAAUUUAACUCUUAAACUGGGAAAAUCUUUCGAUAUAACCUACAUCCGGCUUGUGUUCUAUUCACCACGACCGGAGUCUUUUGCAAUUUACAAACGGAUUACGCCAAACGGUCCUUGGGUUCCGUACCAGUAUUAUAGUGCUACGUGUCGGGAUACAUAUGGAUUACCAGACUCAUUAUCUGUGAUGAAGGGUGAAGAUGAAUCUCGUGCCCUUUGCACUAGCGAAUAUAGUGAUAUCUCUCCGCUGCGAGAUGGUAACAUUGCCUUUUCAUCACUAGAAGGAAGACCUAGCGCUAUAAAUUUCGAACAUAGUCUAGAAUUGCAGCAAUGGGUUACCGCGACCGAUAUACGAAUCACAUUGGAUCGUUUGAACACUUUUGGCGAUGAAGUAUUUGGGGAUUCUCAAGUGUUGAAAUCAUAUUUCUAUGCUAUUGCUGAUAUCGCCGUGGGUGCCAGAUGCAAAUGCAACGGGCACGCUAGUGAAUGUGUUACCAGCACAAGCUCCAGUGGACAACGAGGACGUGUAUGCAAAUGUCAGCACUUCACCGAUGGACCGGAUUGUGAAAAAUGUCUGCCGUUUUACAACGAUGCCCCAUGGGGACGAGCAACUUCGAAGAAUGUUCACGAGUGCAAGCCCUGCAACUGUAACGGAUAUUCAACGAAAUGCUUUUUCGAUCGACAGCUUUACAAUCUAACGGGCCACGGAGGCCAUUGUAUUGACUGUGGUGCUAAUCGAGAUGGACCAAAUUGUGAACGUUGCAAGGAAAACUUCUUUAUGCGCGAAGAUGGCUACUGUAUAACUUGUGGUUGUGAUGCAGUCGGCUCACGAUCAUUGCAAUGUAACGCCGAAGGAAAAUGUCAGUGCAAACCUGGAGUUACGGGAGAAAAAUGUGAUCGAUGUGAAAAUAAUUUCUACAAUUUCGGUCCGCACGGUUGUCAACCAUGUGAUUGUGAUGCAAGAGGAUCGUUCGAAAAUACUCCGUCCUGUGAUCCUGUGAAUGGUAUUUGUUCGUGCAAAGAGAAUGUGGAAGGGCGGCAUUGUCGAGAAUGCAGGCCAGGAUAUUUCAAUUUAGACUUGGAAAACAAAUUCGGAUGUACUCCUUGCUUCUGCUAUGGUCAUACCAGUGAAUGUACCAGUGCUACAGGUUAUUCGAUUGUUUCAACAACUUCUAAUUUCAACAAACACAAAGAGAAGUGGACUGCUGCAACAGGAAAUGGGUAUCCGAUCGAUGUGAAGUACAAUUCUAAAAGCCAAACCAUUGGAGUUGGAGCACAAGGAUACGAGCCGAUAUAUUUCCUCGCUCCCGAUCGAUUUCUUGGUGACCAACGAGCUUCAUACAACAGACUUCUCAAAUUUCGCUUACAACUUGUAGGACAACCUAGACCGGAUGUUAGCACAUACGAUGUUAUACUUCAAGGCGCAAAUAGUAGCAUUUCGUUGCCUAUAUUCGCGCAGAAUCAAGCUAUGCCAGAUGAUGAGUACAAAGAAUUUGCAUUCAGACUUCACGAACAUCCAGAAUACUCAUGGCAGCCAUCCAUGUCCGCUCGAGGCUUUAUGUCGAUUCUGAGCAAUCUUACUGCUAUUAAAAUUCGUGCUAUAUAUUCUGAUCAUGGAGAAGCCUUCCUCGACGACGUUGAGCUUCAAACAGCACACCGUGGGGCAGCUGGACGUCCUGCUACUUGGAUUGAACAAUGUACUUGUCCUGAAGGCUAUUUGGGGCAAUUUUGUGAAUCUUGUGCUCCUGGCUACAGACACAAUCCAGCUUUGGGAGGACCUUUCAUGCCAUGCAUACCAUGUGACUGCAACAAGCAUGCCGAGAUUUGCGAUUCAGAGACUGGACGAUGUAUUUGCCAGCACAAUACAGCGGGAGAUACGUGCGAUCAAUGUGCGAAAGGCUAUUACGGCAAUGCUCUUGGAGGAACACCAUAUGAUUGCAAACGAUGUCCAUGCCCGAACAAUGGAGCCUGUAUGCAGAUGGCGGAUGAUUCAGUGAUUUGUCUCGAAUGUCCCGUUGGAUACUUUGGUCCUCGAUGUGAACUGUGUUCAGACGGUUAUUAUGGUGAUCCAACUGGAGUCUUUGGUGCCAUCCGGAUGUGUCUUCCGUGUGACUGCAACGGAAACGUUGAUCCCAAUGCUGUUGGUAACUGCAAUCGUACCACUGGUGAAUGUUUGAAGUGUAUUCACAACACAGCUGGUUUGCACUGUGACCAAUGCCUUCCAGGUCACUUUGGAGAUCCUUUUGCACUACCCCAUGGAAAUUGUGAAGAAUGUAGCUGUUACCCCAGAGGAACCGAACAAACCGAAAAGGGAAUAUCAAUUUGUGAUGCGAUAAAUGGUAAUUGUCAGUGCAAGCCUAACGUCAUUGGACGCAAUUGUAAUGAAUGCAAAAAUGGAUACUGGAAUAUAAUUUCUGGAAACGGCUGUGAAAGCUGUAACUGUGACCCGACUGGAAGCUUCAACUCCUCAUGUGAUACAUACACAGGCGAUUGCUAUUGUAAACCAGGUAUCAUUGGCAAAAAGUGCGACACUUGUGCUAUAGCUCACUAUGGAUUUUCACCCGAUGGAUGUAAAUCUUGCGAUUGCGAUCCAAGCGGUUCCAAAGGAUCCCAAUGUGAUCAAUUUGGACAGUGUCCAUGUAAUGAUAACGUGGAAGGAAGACGAUGUGAUCGUUGUAAAGAAAACAAAUACGACCGUCACCAAGGAUGUCUCGAUUGUCCAGCUUGUUACAAUUUAGUGCAAGAAGCAGCAAAUGAACAUCGUGAAAAACUAGCAAACUUGAACAAAAUUUUGCACGACAUUCAAUCUAAACCGAUCGUUAUAGAUGACAACGAGUUUGCGUUGAAGCUUAGAUCUGUCCAAGACAAAAUUGAUAUUCUAGUGGAAGAUGCUAAAAGCGGUUCCGGCGGUGGAGAAAAAACGCUCAAUGAAAAGCUACAAGAACUUGAAAAACGUUUAGAAACUGUCAAGGAUCUGCUUAAUAAAGCUGAUCAAUCUCAAGAAACAACUGAUUUCAAGAUAAAUAAAGGUACUAACAACGCAACGAUAGCUAAUAGUCAAAUACAAGAGGCUCGACGUGAAUUGGAAAAUGCUAUAGAUUUACUGCAAACGGAUGGAAAUGCUGCACUAAAUAAAGCGCGUGAUAUUUCUGGUCAUCUUGGCAAUCAAACUAAUCAAAUUAGUGGAAUCUCACGAGAGGCACGCCAAUACGCAGAUCAAUUCAAAAAAGAAGCUGACGAUAAUAAAAAACAGGCAGAAGAAGCAUUAGAGAAAGCAACGAAGGCGCACAACGUUGCCAAAAAUGCUAUAAACCUACAAGCGAAUAUUAGUGAAGAAUUCCGAACCAACAUAUCGAAUGAAGUUCAACAAGCUAAUGAAAAGCUUACUACAGUUUCCAAGCUAACAGAACAAGCACUUACAAAAGCUAACGAAGUGUAUGAUGAAGCACUAUCAUUAUUUGCGGCUGUUAAUAACUUAUCACCUCCCAGCAUUGACAUUGAUCAUAUAAAAAAAGAAUCCAACAAAUACAACAAAGAAGCGGACAAGAUUAAUGCAGACUUGGAUAAAACAAUUGAGGAUCACAGUGGAUUGAUCACUGAUGUAAGUGAGAAUAUUGAGUUGGCGAAUAUGCUGUUAGAAAGAGCUGAGUCGCAAAAAGAUGACGCCAUAAGAACUGUCGAGGAACUAGAAUAUGCCAGAGAGUUAGCAGAAAAGGCUGUCGCUGAGGGAGACGGCACACUAAAGAAGGCAAACUUCACUUACCACACUUUGUCGGGAUUCAAGAAUCAAGUUGAAGAAUCCAAACAGAAAGCUGCCGAUGCGUUGGAAUCCGUAUCGAGCAUAAGAAGACAAAUUGAUAAUGCAAUUGAACUGAUAAUUAACUCGGAAGCUGCCCUAAAAAGUGCAAAUCAUAAUGCAAUUGAAGCCAGAAAUAAUGCUCAGGCAGCCCAGAAAAAGUAUGCAGAAGAAGCCUCAAAACUCGCAGACAACAUAAAAAAACGGGCAAACACAACAAAAAAUACGGCUCGUGAUUUGCGACACGAAGCAGAUCAGUUGAAUGGUCGUUUAGCCAAGACAGAAAACAGUCUAGCUGAGCGUGAAACCAAUAUUCGGAAAGAUUUUAACAUUUCCAAAGAGGCCAAGGAAAAAGUAGGACAGGCACAGCUUAAUUCAAAUGAAGCAAAAUCUCAAGUUGAAAAGGCUAUGAAGGAGGUGAAAGCUAUAAUUGAUGAGUUGGCUGAUUUAAGAGAUAUUGACACCAAAAGUCUGAAUGCUUUAGAUGAACGCCUUACUGCAGCCGAAAAGGAACUUGAGGAUGCACAACUGACGAACAAAUUACACGUUCUAAAUGAAUCAAAAAAUCUACAAACCCAAAACAUCAAGAGCUACCAACGUGAAUUGGCAGAACUGGAAAAUGAAGUUGCAAAUAUCAAAAUGAUAGCUGAUUCUUUACCUGAAAAUUGUUACAAACGAACACGACUAGAACCGUAAAUGUCUCUCGCAUGGACAAAUCUUGUCAUGAGCUUUAUACUAAACACAGUGCCAAUUAAGUUUAAUGAUGAUCGCUCGUACUGAGUGUAGACAUUAUUUUUAGAAAAUUAAUAUUUUCAAAUAAACUCCUAUAUUGUCUUGAAA